AUGGUGCGGCAGAUUAGACUCUUUCCGCAAAGUAUGUUUGUCCAAGGAUGGAGUAGUUUAGAUUCCCGGCCAGGCUGCAUUCCCGACGUCGCACACCUGAUUCGGACGAUGUGGUACGAGUCAGGUGUGCAUCGUACCGGUCCACGAUGCACCAUACUUGUGGAUUAAUUAGUUAAUUACCUGUGAUAUUGAAUGUGGAUUAAAUUGCUCUGCGCGUUGCUCUGAAUUCAUAGCACGAGCUCCGGCGCUGCUCGGCCCUGGCCAUCUCGCCACGAGCUUCUCGAAUUCCAGCUCGAUAAGUUCUGCCACGCUGCUGUAAUUGUUGGAAUUCGAUAUAAAUACAACCAUCGUCCAGGGUCAGGACGAAAAGUAGACGAAUCGUCGGAAAUGAGACGAAUGGGAGCGUUCGUUCGUCGUAGCGGUGAAUAGGGGAGAGUGUCCACAUGCCUGCCAUGAAGGAGGGAGGGGGUCCUCGAGUCGUCGUCGGCGUUCACAGCAGGAAAUUUCAAUUCAUAAGCUCUCGUCGCGUAGACGUGGAGGCGAAUUUGCACGCCGUGGCCUUCGUCACCGUCGGAUCGAGGGAGAAAGGAAUAUUGGAUUUGGUUUAUGGAGACUCUGCGAGCCGUGCAUCAUGUGGUUGGCCUGAAGGCCGGCGGUGCGGGUGCAUCCCGAUUUGUGGUCAUGGGGUGCAAUUCGGCUCAGUUUUGGGGGUUAAGGAGUGUCGCGCAUGGGGUUUCGGGAAAUUUGAGGCACGAGCGGGCGGUGUGGAAGAGGAUCGGCGAGGUGCGGAGGGUUAAGAGGAGGGGUGCAUUUUAUGCGGCGUACGAGAGCUCGAGCGGUGGGAAUAGUCAUGUCGAAGAUGGAGGCAACGGCGGGGGUAACGGUACGAGCGAAUAUCUGGAAGCCCAGGUUAUGGACGCUGUGAGCAUGGUUCCAUUUCAUGGCAAGUUGCUCAUGACACUAGGAAACGGGAGAGAGAUGGAGGUUGAUCACAUCAAUCCUGCCAAGGGUCGAUUGCUUUACAAAUCCAGCACACCGACGAUCUUCUUGAAGGUCACGGAUGGGUCGAAUUUGAUGUUGCCAAUUGUAGUGGGCGAGGCGGCUGUGAGUAUGCUCAUGAGGGCGUUGCACGAUGAUGAACAUGUCGGUCGGCCAAAUUACUACGCUCUCAUGCGUGAUAUGGUGGAGACUCUGCGUUAUGAGCCGAGAAUGGUUAGGAUAACCGAUAGAGUUGUAGACACUUACUACGCCAGGAUCUAUAUGGGCAAGCCUGGUGAGGAUGACAUUGUGAGCGUGGAUGCAAGGCCGUCGGAUGCAAUCAACUACGCGGUACGUUGCAAGAUUCCGAUUUAUGUGAAUAGCAGCAUCAUUAAGGCGGAUGCUGUGCGGCCUGUGACGGAGGUUGAGCUCACUAAGAGGAUAGAGCUCUAUUUACCGAGGAAAAGAAACCUUAUUUUGAGAGAACCUUUUUCUUCGUAUCAACCAGAUGUUUUCCAAGAUGAGAUGGCUAUGGUGGUCUGCAUGCUCGUUGCUGCUCAGCAGGAGCGCUAUGCUGAUGCAAUUCGAUGGAGAGACGAACUUGCGAGACUUCGUGCAGAUUUCAAGGGAAAGCUGCAGCGAUUUUAAUUGUCUAUUUGGAGCAAGCCUACGGGAGGCUAAUUCUUGCUAAUAUUUGCUCUCAUGUAUAGAACUUCCAGUUUGAUUUACAUAUAGAUCUUGUCAUGUUAGGAUAAUUCGUGUGAAUAAUGUGAAACGAAAGGCGACAGAAAACCUAAACCAAUUUUCUUGUAAUAUACGUCAAUUCGAAAACUGCUAGCUUCUCGUGCUCUGAUUCCCUUGUUUGUUUCACAUACAUGAUGAUCACCUGCGAACUUCGUUGACAGCUUCCUCAUAUUGUUUAAUUGUGGAAUGCUUUCUUCUAUCACCUCUUGGUGUUGGGGCUUCUGCUGUGCAGAUUCUACAUCCGGUACCCAGUAGACAUUUUUGUCUAGCAUCCAAGUAGAUACUUGCUGCAAUUUCUAGCUCGUUCCAACAUUCCCUGUUGCAACAGAAGACCCAAUCGAUCUUAUUUUUCAGCGAAGUAGAGUUUGUGAGCAUGGAACUUCUCAGACUCAUCUCUCGCUCUUUUUUCCCCAUUUUGUUUAUUCCUACUAGGCUUUCACGUAACCCUAGUUUGUUCUGGAUAUAAUAAUUGAAGAAUUUGCGGCAUUUGUUGUUUUU